AUAAAAAACUGUCAGGAAAAAAAGAACAUCACCAAUAGAUUAUAAACUUAGCAUAAUUUCUAUAAUUAGCUUUCAAAUUUGGUUUUGACUUUCCUAGUAGCCAAAGAAAAAUGGUAUACAGAAUCUCUUAUAUAAUUCUUAGUACUUGGGAAGAGGAAGUAUAUCAGCUACCCAGAGGAAACACAGCUUUUUCCUAGCACUAAAUUCUAAAAGUAAUUUCCCACUGAGUUGCUGUCACAACAUUUUAAUAACAAGUUCAGUAACAUUUUAUAUGAAUGCAUCUUGUAGCUUCAUUGAGUUAGUUGUUUUUAUGUAGAAAUGAGUAAGAGUAUGAUAAAUAAUUGUAUUUUUUAUUUUCACAGGAAUCUUGGGAAACCAAAAUGAGGCACAAUCAGAUGUGUUGUGAGACACCACCUACUGUCACUGUUCAUGUAAAAUCAGGGUCAAAUAGAUCACAUCAGCCUAAAAAAACCAUUAAUCUGAAGCGUCCUAUUUUUAAAGAUAGUUGGCAAGCAUCUGAAAAAAAUGCACAAAGUAACAGCAAAUCUAAACGCCCCAAAGGACCUUGUCUAGUUAUACAGCGUCAGGAAAUGACAGCUUUCUUUAAAUUAUUUGAUGAUGAUUUAAUUCAAGAUUUCUUAUGGAUGGACUGCUGCUGUAAAAUUGCAGACAAGUAUCUUCUGGCUAUGACCUUUGUUUAUUUCAAGAGGGCUAAAUUUACUAUAAAUGAGCACACCAGGAUAAAUUUCUUUAUUGCUCUGUAUCUGGCAAAUACAGUUGAAGAAGAUGAAGAAGAAUCGAAGUAUGAAAUUUUUCCAUGGGCUUUAGGAAAAAACUGGAGAAAAUUGUUCCCUAAUUUCUUAAAGUUAAGGGACCAACUCUGGGAUAGAAUUGACUAUAGGGCUAUUGUAAGCAGGCGAUGCUGUGAGGAGGUUAUGGCCAUUGCACCAACCCACUAUAUAUGGCAGCGGGAACGCUCUGUGCAUCACAGUGGAGCUGUGAGAAACUACAACAGAGAUGAAGUUCAACUGCCCCGGGGACCUAGUGCCACACCAGUAGAUUGUUCACUCUGUGGCAAAAAAGGAAGAUAUGUUAGACUAGGAUUGUCUUCAUCGUCAUCUUCGUCCAUUGGUAUAGCAGAAGUGAUGCAAAAACAUUCUCAGGAAUCACACAACUCGUUCUCAAUGAACAAAGCAGUUGAUCCUUCUCAAGCUGAUAGCUAUUUUCAAGUAGCCAAUGAUCAUCAAUCAAACAAAGAAAAGAAAACUAACUUCAUGGAGAAAGACAAAUCUAUGGAGUGGUUUACAGGAAGUGAAGAAUGAGAUGGUUCAACUAAACUUGGAAUCACUAACUGCAAAAUGUCAAACUAACUGUAAGACAGAUGUCAAAAUGGGACAUUUAAGCAGUUUUGCAAUGUCAUACAUCUUUCUUUAGCUCUGGUUAUUUUUCAAAACUAUAUGUAAAAAAGGUUAUACAAUGAUAGUAAUAGCUAAAAAUACCAAUCUAUGAAAGCAGUGAUUUGCAAUAUAAAGUUCUAUUUUGGUACUUUCCAGUCUUCAAUUCAGUUGCUGUCAUCUGGGAUAUUCAGUUAAGUUGUGGUUUGAACUUCCUCAACUUGACAAGAAAAGCUAAUUUAAGAAGGGAAAAAGUAAGGUCAAUUCAAUAAUUAGAAGAAAACCAUGAUUUAAUAAUGCCUGAAAACAUUACUCAACUGUGUGACCAGUUUGCCAGUGUACAGGCCUAGCAAUAUAGGGAAGUGAUCCAUAUGAGAAAUCAGAAUAGGAUUCUUCUGGUGUAACACAAAAUAUAUACUGUAAGCUAAAUAAAAUUUUUAUAAUUUGUUCACAAAAACUGUUAAAAUACAAAUUACUGCUUCUACUGUAAGUUUUUUCUCCCAGAUAUUUUUUUCAGCAUUUGUUUUAGAGCUACUCUGCCAUUUAUCUUACAUAAAUAAUUUGUUAGUGUUAUAUGACAAAAUUGUAUAUAGAUACAAUCAAAGAGAUAAGUCCAUAUCAUAAAUCAAUGGCUAUUUGAAAACUUGUUCAUGGCCUAGAUAAUGUGUACAUACAAGGACCUAAAUUUAGUUCUUUGAAGAAUUCCAGCAGUAUUUCAGAAGUUGUUGUUUGGAAUAUUAGCUAUUUGCAUACUAAACAAAACCAAACCCAAAUCCGUUGAGUCAAUUCCAGCUCAUAGUGACUGUACAGGACAGAGUAGAACUGCCCCAUAUGGUUCCCAAGAAGUGCCUGGUGAAUUCAAAAUGCCAACCUUUUAGUUAGCAGCCAUAGCUCUUAAGCACUAUGCCACCAGGGUUUCCAUUUGCAUGUUAGGUCCUAUUAAACUCAUUCUCUUAGUAAUACUCACUGAUCUAAAUUAAAACAUUCCUUAGAAUAUUUAAACCGUUUCACAAUCUAAGCUCCUUCUUAGAAACAAGUAAAAUAUGAGUAUUCUAAGAAGCUCAGUUCUUCAGAGAUAUCAGUUUACAGA